CUUCCGGGCUUGGGGGUGUGUGCUUGUCGUCUCGCGCAGGAAGCGCGGGGAGACUGGCGGGCUGGGAGGGGCGGGCGACUGCGGUGGUUGUUGGGUGGGGAGCCGGGCGGCCCACAACGUUCUCCCACGAUGCCGGGGAUGGUGUUGUUCGGACGGCGCUGGGCCAUAGCCAGCGACGACCUGGUCUUCCCUGGCGCCUUCGAGCUCUUCCUUCGGGUGGCCUGGUGGAUUGGAAUCCUUGUUUUGUAUCUUAAACAGAAAGGAAAGCUUAAUUGUGUUGGGGGAGCUUUGUUGAACAGCUAUCUGAUUGUACUCAUUAUUCUUCUGGCUGUUAUCAUAUGUGUUAUAUCAGCAGUUGUGUAUGUCAGCAUGAAAGGAACCAUUUGUAAUCCUGGACCACGGAAGUCUAUGCCCAAGCUGGUUUAUAUUCGUCUAGCACUGUUUUUGCCGGAGAUGGUCUGGGCUUCUCUGGGGGUAGCUUGGAUAGCAGACAGUGGUGUUCACUGUGAUAAGACAGUUGUGAAUGCCAUAAUUGCAACAGUCAUUGUCAGUUGGAUAAUCAUCGCUUCUACUGUGGUUACCGUUAUUAUUGUCUUUGAUCCUUUGGGAGGGAAGAUGCCUCCUUAUUCUACUUCCAGUACAGAACCACUGGAUACCAAUGAUUCAAGUCAGCUAUUGAAUGGCCUUAAGACAGCAGCAAGAAGUGUGUGGGAAACCAGGAUCAAGUUAAUGUGCUGUUGCAUUGGGAAAGAUGACCACACUCGAGUUGCUUUUUCCAGUACGGCAGAGCUUUUCUCAACCUACUUUUCAGACACAGAUCUUGUACCUAGCGAUAUAGCUGCAGGUCUAACUCUUCUCCAUCAGCAGCAGGAUAAGAAAAGAAAGGAUCUUGAAGAAGUUGUAAGCCAUUCCCUAGUGGCCUCCCAGGAAUCCGAUUUGGAUGCAGAAUUGGAAAACUGUCACCAUUAUGUGCAGUUUGCAGCAGCUGCUUAUGGGUGGCCUCUCUAUAUUUAUACAAAUCCAUUUACAGGUUUCUGUAGGAUUGGUGGUGAUUGUUGCAGAAACAGAACAGCAGAAUAUGAAUUUAUUGGAGGUGAUCAUCUCAAUUGUCAUUUUGGAUCCAUCCUGCAGACAACUGGACUACAGUACAGGGACUUCAUUCACAUCAGCUUUCAUGAUAAGGUGUUUGAGCUUCCUUUUUUAGUUGCUUUGGAUCAUAGGAAAGAAACUAUUGUGGUAGCUGUAAGAGGAACCAUGUCUCUUCAGGAUAUCCUCACUGAUCUGUCAGCUGAGAGUGAGAGCCUGAAUUUAGAAUGUGAGGUGCAAGAUUGUUUUGCACAUAAGGGGAUUUCUCAGGCUGCCAAAUAUGUUUACCAAAGAUUGAUCAACGAUGGAAUUUUGAGUCAAGCAUUCAGCAUUGCCCCUGAAUACCAGCUUGUUGUAGUAGGUCACAGCUUGGGGGCAGGAGCAGCUUCUUUAUUAGCCAUCAUGCUCAAAAAUUCCUAUCCAGAAGUCAAAUGUUACGCCUUUUCUCCCCCCAGGGGGCUGCUAAGCAAAUCCCUUUCUGAAUAUUCCAAAAGCUUUAUUGUAUCACUUGUUCUUGGAAAGGAUGUUAUCCCAAGGUUAAGUGUGACCAACUUGGAAGAUUUAAAGAGAAGAAUACUGAGAGUGAUAGCUCAUUGUAAUAAGCCUAAGUAUAAGAUCCUGUUGCAUGGAUGUUGGUAUGAACUGUUUGGAGGGGAUCCAGAUAACUUCCCAACAGAGUUGGAAGGGGGAAACCAGUUAGACCUGACUCAGCCUCUGCUGGGAGAGCAAAGUCUGUUGAUACAUGGGUCACCUUCAUACAAUGUUUUUGAUGAAUCUCCUAGAGAAUCCCCAACUAGAUAUCCUCAUCUGUAUCCUCCUGGAAGAAUUAUUCACCUUGUUGAGGAUGACAGUUCAGGGAGGUCUUGUUGCUGUUCUACUUCCCGAUAUAAUGCAAAGUGGGCAACUGAAGCAGAAUUCAGCAAAAUUCUUAUAGGCCCUAAAAUGUUAACGGAUCAUAUGCCAGACAUCCUCAUUAGAGCCCUAGAUAGUGUAGUCUCUGAGAGAGCAACUUGUAUUUCUUGUCCAACACAAGGAGACUUUAAUGUAGCAUAACCAUAGCUAUUGGAAAACAACAGUAUUUUUCAUCAUAUUUUGGAUACUCCAGGGACAAUUGACUGAUUUGUAUUUGAAUAAUUUAUGAAGAAAUUAGAGAUUGGGUGUUCAUUACAGUUACCUUGGAUUUUGAAAGUACUCUUUGAGGAAACCUCUGUAUGAAGAAGAGUGAAUGAAUGAACUUUAAUGACAUUUUUAACAGAAUCAGGUAUAAGAGGAGAAAGCACUGGGAGUCAGAUAAGAAACUAAGCACCUCUAGACAUGAAAGUAAUCUUAGAAGAACCUAUAGGAAAUUAUUUUUGGAGACUUAAAGAAGGAUGUGGCCACUUUCUCUGUGAGCCAUGGAAUAAAUUGCUUCACUCCAAUAGCCAGCUUAGAAGGGGCUCAUUAUAGUUGUGGCUGAAAUUUAGUGCAAAAAGAGAGGUUGGUAUCCUUAUUAUUGUAUCUAACAGCCAUAUCUUAAGUCAUGAAAUUUAACUGCAGGGAUUAAUUACCUCAGAUACAGCCCUAACAGGGCCUGUACUGUCUCAGAAGUUUAAAUUUAUUUGAUCCCCUUUUUCCCCAGGCUUCCAAAUCUGUUAUACAUUUUUUAAUCAUGGAUUUUCCUAACUCCAUCAAGCCCAAAUAUAUUUAGCCAUUAAAAAGACAAAAAGAAAUCUUCAUAGAGAUGUGUUAAAAGUUUCAAUAAAAUACUUAAUAGCCAUGUGACCCUGGCCAAGUCACUUAGCCCUAAUUGCCUUGCCAAAAAAAAAGUUUCUAUAAAAAGAUUAUCCUCAGGGAGAGGUGAGGCAAAAUACUAUCAGUAACUCCUUAGGUAGAUAUUGAACUCUCUUUGUAGAGAACUCUUGCUGAGAAUCCUUUUGGUAAGUCCCCCUUACCACAGACUUCUGCUGAAGUAGAACUCCCACCCUAAAGCUAUGGGAGAGCAGGACGGGAGUAGGGCAGGGAAUGCUCCUCCCUCAGUGUGAACUUGCUGACCGAAGCCAUCUUUAGGAGCCUUUUCUACAUUAUUUGGACUUGCUUUUCACUUUUAGGGCUCCUUGCCAAUAUCAACAGAAUUGAUAUUUGUAAAUCUUUCACUUAAAAUUCUUUCAUAGUCAACUGAUGUAUCUUUUCUCCCCCCUCUUUGGGGGCCAAGGAUCAUAAAAAACAAAAACAAAGCACUUAUACAUAUUACUACAGUAGUCACACAGUGAUGCACUUUUCUAUGGAAUUUGUUUCCAAGAAGUUAGAACUAAUGUUUUACUCUGUGAUCAAAAAGCAACUAUGUUUUGCAUGUGUUUAUACUGUGCUAUUGUAAAUAGAAAUAAAGUCUUAAGAAUUUUUGUGAA